ACUGUUACUGUUACUGCUGCUCCACCUUGGUGGACCUGACGACGCGUCCUUGUUCCAGAUGUUCAAAGGUUUUGACAAGGCCAAGGACAUUCAGUACGUCUACACUCCAGUCUUCUCCUCUCUGUGUGGAGUCAAACUGGACUCCAACAACAAGGCCGGAUAUCUGCUCUCAGGGAGCAUGUGGAGCGAUGGAAGGAUUUCCAUUGGUCAGUGUGACUUGGUGGAAUCCUGGGACAAUUUGUCGCUGUCCCAGAAGAAGAACCUCAACUACAGAUACCAGAUGGGCUGUGAAUGCAGGGUGAGGGACACUGUUCACGUUUGUCAGGAAUGAUGGGAAAUUCCUUCAAAACCAACUUCUAAAGACCGUACAGAGCGUUCUGUUACCCCUAUUGACCAGCAGUGGUACUGCAAAAUACAUUUAAAUCUGGCUUUAAAAACAGGACAAAGACUAAAUCCACUUGUGACGCACAACCAUCACGCUCAUGUGAAAUUUUAGUCAUGAUGUCAUGUUGAGCAGCCAAUCACCAGCCACUAGCUGACAGAGCCAGCUUGAAGUAUUGA